AUGUCAUCGCCAAAAACUCGGCCAGUCAUUCUGUCAUCCUCUGCAAUUACGGCAUUCCCCCCAGAGUCCUUCUCGGACCCUUUACACGGGGAACUCACCUGGCGCACUCUAUUGUCUCAACCUAACACGCCAACCAGCGAUCUGUCUGCGGGGAUUGCCGUCUGUCCUCCGCAUACUGGGCAUCUCUGCGCCCAUCGCCACACUCAAGCAGAACUGUACUAUGUUCUGAAGGGUCGAGCAACGGUAACAAUCGACGGGCAACCUCACCAAGUCGAGAAGGGCAGUGCGGUCUUUAUCCCAGGCGAUGCAGAGCACUCGGUCAUGAACGACAGCGACCAGGAGUUCGAGUGGCUGUAUGUCUUCCCGGGUGGAAGCUUUCAGGAUGUCAUCUAUCGCUUCUCUGAAAAGGCCAAGCUAUAA